CUGACCCGCUGCGGCUCGGACCAGGACCAGGAGCUGCUCCGUCCGCGUGUGUGUGAGGCACAGUGUGUGUGAGGCACAGUGUGUGUGUGUGUGUGUGUGUGUGAGAGUGAUACUCAGUCUGUGUGUGUGUGUGUGUGUUUGAGAGCGUGUGAGCGCGCGCGAGCGUGUAUGUGUGUGUGUGUGCGCGUAUGUGUGUGUGCCCAUGGAUUGAGUCUAUUGUUGUCAUCCCGGUGGUUUGCUCUGUACCCGGAGGAUGCUCCUGACGAGCCGGGGCUCGGAGCUCUGUUCCCGCACAGAAGACACAGAAUCCCCGCGGUGCAUCACGACUCUGUCAUGAAGAAAGACAUCGAGACUCUAAUCGCAGAGGAACGCGCUGACAUCAUCUUGAAAUAUGCCACGGGCAGGCAGGGCGGGGUGGAGAUCGACCCUUGGGAAGAUGCCGACUACAGCGUCUACAAAGUCACUGACCGUUUCGGCUUCAUGCAUGAGGACGAACUACCGGCCCCGACGGCACAUGAAGAAAAGUUGAAGCAGCUGGAGAUAGAGAGAACAGAGAAGUGGCUGAAGAUGGUGAAGAAGUGGGAUAAAUACAAGAACAGUGACAGGAUGGUGAAUCGAGUGUAUAAGGGCGUCCCGCUGCAGCUCCGGGGCCGAGCCUGGGCCCUGAUGCUGGAUGUGGACAGGGUCAAGAGGGAGAACGAGGGCAAGUAUGAGAGGAUGAAGGAACAGGCCCGACUCUACUCGGCUGAGAUCAAACAGAUCGACCUGGACAUCAACCGAACCUUCAGAAACCACAUCAUGUUCAUGGAUCGCUUUGGAGUCAAGCAGCAGUCCCUCUUCCAUGUCCUCUCAGCGUAUUCAGUCUACAACACAGAGGUGAGCUACUGCCAGGGGAUGAGUCAGAUCGCCGCCCUGCUGCUCAUGUUCAUGAACGAGGAGGACGCCUUCUGGGCCCUGUCGCAGCUGCUGACCAAUCACAAGCACGGCAUGCACGGCUUUUUUGUUCCCGGGUUUCCCAAACUCCAGCGAUUCCAGACACAUCACGAUCAGAUUAUUUCCAAACUCAUCCCAAAACUGAAGAAACAUCUGGACAGGGAGCAGAUGUCUGCAGGGAUUUACAGCACUAAAUGGUUCCUACAGUGUUUUAUUGACAGGACGCCGUUCAUCCUGAACCUUCGUCUGUGGGACAUUUUCAUCCUGGAGGGAGAGAAGCUGCUCACCGCCAUGUCCUACACCGUCCUGAAGAUUCACAAGAAACGUCUGGUGAAGAUGUCGCUGGAGGAGCUCAGGGAGUUUCUGCAGGAGAGAAUCGCUCAGACGUUCUUCUACAGCGACGACGUGAUCGUGGAGCAGCUUCAGGCCUCCAUGUCGGAACUGAGAAAAAUGAAGCUGGACUUUCCUCCUCCAGGGAAGCCGGACGAGUUGCCUCGGAAGCCUCUGGGCCAGGAGCUGCCGGUGCUGCUCAGUCCGGUCAGAGUGAAGACGUCCUCCGCCAGCAGCUUCCCCAAAGCUGGACUGAGCCUCCACAUCAUCUCCCACCAGCCCGACACCAUAUCCCCCGACCAGAGCCCCUCCAAGGACCCCAGGGACCUCGAUGCUGCAGAGGAGGCUCCGCUACCUUCCCCAGACCCCAUCAUCAUCCACAGCCAGGCGCCGCUCACCCCCGAUGGGUCUCCGCUGAUGGGGCCUCCGCCUUAUCAGCCCCCGGGGAGCCAAACGGUGUUCACAGCGGAUCAGCCGUCACUGCCGGAUCACCGUGGGGAUGAAAUGACACCAGAUGCAGCAGCUGCCACAGCUCGGCGGAUUGCAGAUACCCUCUCCCCUGACUCUUCUGCAGCCGUCAGCACUGACCACUCCUCCCGCGGCGUCCCACGGACCGUUUCGGCGCCUGUAGUCCAGGUGGCGUCGCCAGGUUCGGUCCUGGCUCACUCUGGGAGUCUGUCGGCAGCUGAGGCGGCUGAGGACGGUUUUGUGGUCGAGCUGCCGAAGCGGAACUGGAGUUCAGCCCCAGAGGAAACACAGACACCUGAUGUUUCAUGAACCCACAACACGCAAUGAUUUAUUCAGGAGGUUCCAUCUUUGUUUACUUGAUCAUUUGUCAGUUUUGGUGGAGAACAACAGAAUUAUCAGUCAGAUCAUCAGUGUCGAGCAAUAACUGCUUUAAAGUGUGUUUUCAGUUUCAGGUUGAAGAUCUAAUCUGUCAACUGGUGAUGUCAUUAUUUUCCUUUUCUUAAGAAUCCUGAAAAGUUUCUGAACGACUUUAUAUUUUUAAAUCUGUUUUCAGGCAAAGCAACAGCGUCAACAUUUUAAAACUUCUGUCCGUUUUUCAGAUGUGGAUGAAAACACAGUGAGAGUCUAUUGAGUCUAUUGUGAUUUUCAGGUAAAUUUGGUCUGAAUAAGUUGCAUUGUGGGAAGUGUAGUAAAUCUUUGGGAGUUAAAGUCAGGAAUUCUCGACGUACUGCUUUAAUUUUUUUCAAUAUUCUUUCUUUUAUUAAAUCUGUCUCAUGUCGUGGAUGUAAAAUAGUGAUAAAUCUGUGAUCCAAACCUGCAGCUGGUGUCAGUCGACAGAACAACAGGACAAAUGAUCGAUGAUUAGAUCCUCAGAUGAGUGAAAACCUCGACCUGUACAGAACAGGUCCAAUCACACUUUACCCUCCACUAAAUAUUCCUCUGUUCAAUAGUUCUUCUCACUUCUCAUGAACAAAGUUUGUGAUUAGUGAAGAUUUGUGCUCGUUCCCAGACUCGGUGAGAUCAGAGGAGACGACAGACGGCGAGGAGAUCAAACCGUUGCUUCCAUCUAACGUUCUGUCACCUGGGAGCUGAGACACGUAAAGAGGCGUCAACCUUUACAAUAUACAAAAAAAACUUUUCUAGUUUUGUAAUGUUUCGUCAGAGAACAGAAUGUUUGUUUGCUCGGCCUUUGUAAAACGUUUGCUAGCAGAGUUACAGUUUUAUUUUUUGUACUAUCGUCUCGAUGCCUUAUUUGUAUCGGCUUCAGUUCAUGUGUGUGACAUGCGUGCACAGCAACAGAGGCACUGAGAGGAUCUGACUGGACGGGACUUUCAGGGGAUGGACUGAACACCUCUGACACAGUGAGCUGGCUCACUGUUAUGAUUGUACACAUCCAAACCUGUUGAGCUCAUUUCAAAUACGUGGAUUUCUAGCUCAGUAAUUUAUUGUUUUGUCCUGUUACAGAAAGGUCAUUUAAAAACUGUCCUUUUCCAGACCCGGAGUAUCUGCUGCCUUUCCACCGAGGUGCUUGAAACGUGGAGAUAAACCCUGUUUUUAAUCUUAAAGAAACUCAGCAGGAAGUAGACGUCACAGCUGCUGUUGACUUUGUGUUUAGAAAGUUCAGUAUUAAGUAGAAGAGUUUCUCCAUCACAGAGAAGGAAACUCAGCUUUGUGCUUAGAAAUAGUGAGAGAUCGACAUCUUGUGGUCAGUUUAGGUAAAGCAUGUCUUUCUUUAGAGGAGAAAAGAGAUGAUUUGAACUUUUAGAUCAGAAAAUCAGAUCGAAAAUUCUUGUGAUUUGAGGCCAUAACUUUGAAUUCUGUGAAUAUGUUUUGGCUUUUUAUGACGUUUGACUGAAUUUCAGUGUUGAACUCCAGAUCGUUUGUAUUCAAGUUAAACAUUUAACAGUUUUAUUGUACGUUGAAACAAGCAGAAACUUUCCCAGGACUUUGAAGAGGUUGAUGAAAAUCUGGAGAUGAAACAAUACAACUUUUAUCAUC